AUGCCAGCAGCUCUCUCACCUUCGCCACUCGUUGCUCAACACAGCGGUUCUUCUUCUAGUGGUAGAGGCAAAUACGUGGUUGCUGUAUGUUGUCUCGACAAGAAGGCCCGAUCCAAGCCCAUGCGUCACAUUCUAGAUCGGCUUCUCAGUUAUGGCGAUUACAGUAUUGUUAUUUUUGGUGACAAGACGAUCCUUGACGAAGAGGUGGAAAAUUGGCCUGGAUGUGAUUUCUUGAUCUGCUUCUUUUCUGGUGGAUUCCCUUUGGACAAGGCUAUCAAAUAUGUAAAGCUACGCAAGCCAUUCGUUGUCAAUAGCGUGGUGAUGCAGUCGUUGCUUUGGGACCGACGAGUUGUACUUGCUAUUUUGGAUGCAAUGGGUAUUCCAACCCCUCCACGCCUGAUUGUGUCUCGUGAUGGUGGACCCAAGGUGGAUCCUGAAGCAGCUGAAGCCUUUGAACAAUGCACUGGGAUGGAUAUGAAGAGAGUGCUUGCAGCCUAUAUGCGUAAUACCGAUCAUGUGCAAAUCACUGGUGAUGCCAUUGAAGCGGAUGGGAAGCAUUUGGACAAGACAUUCAUUGAGAAGCCGGUGGAUGGAGAGAAUCACAAUAUCAACAUUUACUAUUCCAAAGAAAAGGGUGGCGGUGGUAGAAGAUUGUUUCGUAAGAUCGGAAACAAGUCGAGUGAAUACGAUCCCAAUUUGGUUACUCCAAAGACCGAAGGUUCAUGGGUGUACGAGCAACUGAUGGAGACUGAAAACAGCGAGGACAUCAAAUUAUACACAGUGGGCCCUACCUUUGUCCAUGCAGAGACUCGCAAAUCUCCUACAGUGGAUGGAUUGGUCAAACGUAACACCGAAGGCAAAGAGAUUCGCUAUUGCACCGAGCUUUCCCCCGAAGAAGAAGAUAUUGCUCGCAAGGUGUCCAAAGCAUUUGGCCAAUUUGUGUGUGGAUUGGAUUUAUUGCGUGUGAAUGGCAAAUCGUAUGUGAUCGAUGUCAAUGGUUGGAGCUUUGUCAAAGGCAGCGACUUUUAUUAUGACCAAUGUGCAAGAUUGUUGAGUGAAGCAUUUGAUCGAUCUGUACAACGACGUCCUUCCAUGGUGGAUAUGAUUCCCCCUGAAAUUGCACCUGAACAUUCAUGGCGUCUCAAGGGCUUUGUUGCCGUAUUUCGUCAUGCGGAUCGUACACCCAAAGACAAGUGCAAGAUAUCCACCAAGGCCCAGCCUUUUAUCGAUUUAUUGGAUGGCAGCACGCAAGAAGUGGUCUUUCGGCAAAAGCAUCAGUUGUCUCUCGUUGCCAAAGCUGUGGAUGAAUCUCUUGAACAGAGUCCUGCUGAUGCUGACAAACUCAAGGCGCUCAAAGAGAUUCUCGAGAAAAAGUGGGAUCUGGCGGGUACCAAGGUUCAAGUCAAGCCCCAAUUCGAUCGUGAAGAUGGCAGUCUCAAAAAAGUCCAAGUCAAUGUCAAGUGGGGAGGCGAGUUUACGCAUGCUGGCUUGCAUCAAUCACGCGACCUGGGUGAAAACCUACGCAAGGAUAUGAACAUCAUGAAUAGAAACAUUCUGGAGGAUGUCAAGAUCUUCAGUAGUUCCGAACGACGUGUACGAGCCACAGCUGAUGUGUUUGCAAGACGUUUCCUUGGACAACCUGAAUCCAUUGAUGGCAUUAUUUCCGAGAGCAAAUCAUUGUUGGAUGAUAGCAACGCCGCCAAGGAACAAGUGGAUGCAGCCAAGCGACAUCUUAAAGCAAUGAUUCGACCUGGUUACGACAUCCCACAAUUGCAACUAGCACAAGUUGGAUGGCCACGCGAUAUGCCACAGCCUCACGUGAUUAUGCAAGAAAUCAGCCUCAUCAUGUCACGUUUACGACACAUCAUGCGCAACAAUUGGGCUACCAAGGAUGUUGAUCAAAUCCAACGACGAUGGUGUUGCUUUGAAUCACCAGCCCUCUUUCGAGAACGAUGGGAAAAGAUGUUUAGAAACUUUUGCGAUCAUGGCAGUGGUGAUGAGAGUGAUGAAGCCGAUAUCCGCAAUCGUAUGCAUUCAGCACCUGACCCAGCUUGGAUUCCCGAAUUAUAUGAUGCAUUGAAAUACGACGCCUUGCACAACCGACCUUUCCUCCAAGGCAUCUUUAAUGAUCCUGAAGCUACCUGCUCCGUUGAUAAUGAAAGCACUUCCACCGAUACCAGCAGCUCAACAACCCGUGGUCGACCUUCUACUGAUUCAUUCAAUGCUGUCCAAUGCGGUUCAGAGCUACGCAAGUUGUACAAAUACGUGCGUAUCAUGUUUGAUUUUGUGGCACCCCAAGAAUACGGCAUCAAUGAUGAGGAAAAGAAGAAUAUCGGCCUACUCAUUGGAUUACCCCUGUUGAAAUCUAUCCUCAAUGAUCUCAAAGAUAUCAAGUAUGCUGAUCAUCCAAAGACAAGAUUGUACUUCACAAAAGAAUCCCAUGUCCACGCCUUGUUGAAUUUGGUGUACCUUUCAGGUGUACCUACCAAGGUCCCUCGUAACGCAUUGCCUGAAUUAGAUUUCCUUACACAAAUCACAUUCGAGUUGUAUGAGCGUAAUCGACAUAGCGGAUCGGGCAAGGAGUACUCGCUUCGUAUUGGUUUUAGUUCUGGUGCCCAUUACAAGGAUGUAUUGGAUAUGCAUUUGGAUGCAGAGCAUUGUCUUAAGGUGGCUCCUCGAACUAAUCUGAUCCCACACUUGUCAUUGGAUGAGGUGCUUGCUUACCAUAAUUCCUAUCUCAACCUUCCCAAUCUGGAGAGCAUCGAACGACAGAUUGAAGAGCGGAAGCUGUAUUACGUACAAGAGGAUAAUCAAUAG